AUGCUUUCCACAAUUAUAAACGAAUCAAUUAUAAGAAGCAUCAUCGAUAAAGAAGAAUGCAGUAGCGAAGAGAAAGCGAAUAUAAUAGUACAAUUAAAUGAACAACUAAAAAUGUUAUUUGAGAGCAGGCAACAGGUCAUUAAUGAUCAAGCCAAGUUAAUUUUGUACCAACAAAGGUUACUUGAGAUGAAAGUUCUACUAGAAAGUAAUAAUAAAAUCGUCGUAAAUGAGAGCCUAGAUGGUAUCAGUAAUGUGACGAUUUCUAAGGAUAAUAAUAAGAUCGAAUUGAAUCUUAAUGUCGUUAAAUCAAAGAAUGAUGAACGUUUAGGAGUUAUAAAUCAGAACGAGGAUAAGAAAGUUCAUGAUGACAAUAGUACAGCAGACUUAAAACCACUCUAUAAAGUUUUCAUUAGAAAAUUACCACAAAACAUUGAAAUCAUUCAAAUCAAGAAUCGCUUAAAUGAAAUGUUUGGUCACGUUGAUUCCGUUUAUAAAUUGAUUCCGGAUCAAGCGCUUUUUCAGGGAUCCAUCAAAGUUCAAGACAAGUUUCUUCAUAUACAUAACGCUCAUGACCGGGAAAAUGGUUCAACUUAA